CUGUCCCACUGUGGGGGCGAUGAGGGGACAACUAACGCCCCUCCUCUAGGGUGGUCUCCCCGGACUCGGGGGGAGGAAGGUGUCACGCAGACCCUCCCCGCCUUUUGGAGUCUUCCUCUGCUAGUGGAAGGGGGGAUAUUAGUGCAGGAGCCUUUCCAAUAACACUGGGCGCCUCUUAGACACCGAUAAUGACUGUAGAUACUCUUUUCUUAUUCAUGAAAAUGCUUUUCUCCAAUAUAUAUCUUGGAUACUCAGUGGGACAACUCAUCCUUAAAAUUAUUCUUCUUUGGUGACCAGCUGGGUUGAAUAUUCAGUGCUUUGAAGAGGAGUAGAUGGAAUCAGGCCAGAGUUGCAGCACUACCAUUUCAGGCUAUUCUGAGGAUACGUUUGAGUCCUUCAGUGAGGAGGAGAAGGAGGAAGCCUGCAGUCAAUAUGAGAGUGAACUGUUUGAUUCUUAUUGUUCCACAGAGCAGUCUGAGCAGCUUCCUGUGUCAGAUAUAUCUGAAAGUGUGUGGCAGUCAGCAAGCCAGGAUGAUGAAGGUGAUCAGUCUGAGUUGUCAAACUCUGCAACUAUAAUAAAACAGUUGACUGGAAAAUGGAUCAGCCUUCUCAAAAAUAAAGAAGAUAACAUUAAGCAAGGCAAAUCUAUCAUCAAAAUACAGAAAGCAGAAAUUACUGAGGUAUCAGAUGAAGAAUUGGAUGCUUUGCAGUCUUUUUGCACAAUUAAGAUCAACCAGAUACAUCAUCAGUUGAAGUCUAAACAACCAAAGAGCAGCAAACAUAAAGAACUGCAGCAUGGAAUUACUUCAGAGAAGCCAGUGACAGGUGACUUGAACAGUACUAUUCCUGAUCAACUAUUGAACAGAAUCCAUCUUAAAAAUAUCAGAGACACAAUGAAACAGGUGACAGAAGCUAAAGUACACCAGCCAUCACAAUGCCAUGAUUGUAGGAAAAAGGGGGAAGAGCUGGCCAAGAUUAACUUUCUCAAACAAAAAAAGACUUUAGUGGAAAAAGCUUUACUCCAAGAUAAAUUAGAACAACAGAUUUAUGCCAAAGACUCACUCACACUUAUAGGAGAAAUACACACAACUCUUCCCAAACUUUCAGAGGACCCGAGGAACAUAUGGAAAAGACUGAAUGAGAAUGAGUGGGGUCCCAACAUCAAGGCCUUGAGACACUACAGUAACAAAUAAUAAUCUGCGCUAUCUGGAGCAGUUUAGGACCUCAAAGAAAAGUUUUUCUUUGCAUCUGCCCCCUGCACAUCUUGGUUUGUUGCUGCCCUCACGUCCAUGCUUCCGGCAACCAUAGAGAGGAGGGAAAUGAGAGACAGAGACCACAGGUAUUCCUUCCUUCUCAGCUGGAGCAGGGCUUUCGCAUUGACUAGACUAGAACUUUGACUUAUCAGAUACACAUUGCAGCAUUGCCAUCUGACAGGUUAUGACAAGAAUUGACCCUGCACUCUGUUUGAAGCAAAACUAAUAGUCUCUGUAUGUAAAGUUAGACAUGUUAAAAUGAAUAGCAAUCUAUCUACCUCAGGACUAAACACCUAGUAAUUAUAAAAACCUUCAGAAAAUACCUUUUCACACAAUGUUUUAUUAGACUGUGAAACUCCUAGCCAUGGCAUGUUGACACCAAGAAUGUAGCAAGAUUCAAAAAAUGAUUGGACACUUUUAUGAAUAACAAGAAUAUCCAGAUUUAUAAAAAGUGAAUGCUCAAAAAGAGUGUUGUGAGGGACAUUAAAUGUCAUGUUUCAGAGGUUAAGCCAAACUCAAACUAUAAGGGCACAUCUACACAGCAGGGCAAAAGUCUAA